AGCGGAGUUUCCUCCUUCCUCCUCCUCCCCUCCCGCCAUAGGCGGUUGAGUGCUCCUGACCCUCCUCCCCUGGGGGUGGGCUCUAGCUCCUCCCCCCGCCCCCAGCCUGGGCCAGCAGUGAGUGGCAGCGGCCCGGGAGGCCUCGGAGGCGAGCUCCGGGUAGCGGCCGGUGCCAGGUGGCCAGUCCAGCGCCCUGCCCGGCGCGGCCCGGGCUAUGGGUCUCUGAGGGCCGGCCCGGGCGGGCUGUGGGGCGGCCCCAUGCGUGGGUCCGAGCCAUGAGCGGCGGCCGCCCAGAGUUCAGCAUCGAUGAUGCCUUUGAGCUGUCCCUGGAGGAGGGGGGCCCGGGGCCCGGGGGAGGGGCCCCGCGCUUUGGGGCGCUGCACUUCGAGCGCAAGGGCCGGGGGGACGCGGAAGAGGAGGGCGAGAAGCAGUCUCGUCUCAAGUACCAGAACCUGGAGAACGACGAGGAUGCGGCCCGGAUCCCGUCGGAUCCGGAUGGAGUCUUGAAGCUCAGGGACCCCGGGCGCUCCUCCACCCAGAGUUCCCAAUGGUCCUUCAGCACCAUCAGCAACGGCACCCAGCGCUCCUACCGGGCCUUCUGCAGCUGGACGCAGCACCCUCUGAUCCAGAAGAAUCGCCGGGUGGUUCUGGCCUCCUUCCUGCUGCUGUCGCUGGGCCUCAUGCUCAUCCUGGUCGGGGUAGGACUCCAGGUGACCCCUUCCCCAGGUGUCUCCAGUGCCAUCUUCUUCGUUCCCGGCUUCCUGCUGCUCAUCCCUGGAGUGUACCACGUCAUCUUCAUCUACCUGGCCGUCAAGGGCCACCGAGGCUUCCAGUUCUUCUACUUGCCCUACUUUGAGAAGUGAGCCCCGGGCCUGGCUGGGAUGGCUGGAGCUCCCCCCCCAACUGCCUUAGCAGUCCGGAAAUGGACCCAGCUGGCCGGAUACUGGAUGCAGGACAGCUCCUGGCUGGGCGGGAGGAAGAGGAUGGGGAAGGGGGCCUGGCUGGGGAGAACUGACAACAAAGGGGACUCCCCAGGGAGCCUCCCCUUCCCUUCCAAUGCCCUGCUCUUCCGGAGGAGGGGGGUGGAGGCUCAGAGAUGCCCCACCAGUCAGCAGCAGAGGCGGGAUUUGAACCUGGGCCCCCUGCCUCUGGAUCACUACUGGAGCUGCCUUGGUCCCUGCUGGGCAGGCACAAGCCCCUGAAAACAGCUUCAGUCCCAGGAGACCACAGCUCCUGGGUGGCCCAGCCUGCACCCGGGACCCCUGCAGCUCUGGGCUAGGGUUUUCUCAGGAAGUUUUCUGCCCAUCUCUGCCCCCUUCCUUCUUCCUUCCUGGGCUCUCUGCCCCACCCCCACUUAUUCUUCGUGCCUUUAACUUAUUCUGGGGCCCCGAGGCUUUGGGGCUUGUGUCCAAAUAAAAUGGCAUUUGAUUCUG